AAGAGAGAAGGCGGGGCAGGGAAGGGCGGGGCAGUCCAGCCCACCAACCCCCGGCCGCGCAGAGCUCUCUGGGAAAUAGGAAGUCGGGAGCUUGCUCUGCCCUACCUCCCGUGACGCUGGGAUGCUUCUGUUCCUCCAGCUGAGUAUGGCUACUUAGUUUAAGACUUGGGGGAAAGGAGCGACUGUCACCGCGGGACGAGAGGCCCAAAGUGGGGAGGAUCCCGAGCUUUUAGAGUGCUUUUUGCCUGGGAUCUCUAGAGAGCAGGAGGUCUGUCUCUGAGGCAAGCAGCUGCUGACAGUUGGCUGACAGUUGGGCUGCUAUAGAAAACUGCUUGAAGGGGGAUCCCGGAGUCAGGGAGAAUGGCCUUGGAGAGAGACAGACGUCCAGCCCAGGAGGUGGUGACAUUCAAGGAUGUGGCUGUGGACUUCACGAAGGAGGAGUGGUGCCUCUUGACCCCUCCCCAAAAGGUGCUUUAUAAGGAGGUGAUGCUGGAGAAUGCCCGGAACUUGGUGUCUGUGGGGCUUGCAGUUUCCAGAGGAGACGUGAUCUCUUAUUUUGAGCAAAGGGAAGCCCCGUGGAUGCUGGAGCAAGAAGACCUGGGAAUCGGCUGUCCAGAUUCAGAGAUCAGACCUGAAAUAAAGGUGAUUCCAACAGAGGCAAGCCUCUCUGUGGAAGAAAUGGGCCAACAACAAUUCAUAAGUGGUGGUCCUUAUACCUUAGUUUAUAGAGAAUUUCAAAAUUCAUCCCUUAUUGAACAUCAAAGAAUUCACACUGAGGAAAAAUCUACUGAACAUAAUCAGUGUGGAAAGACAUUUAAUGUGAGCUCCCGUCUUGCUGUACAUCAGAGAAUCCACACAUGGGAGAAAUAUUAUGAAUGCAAACAGUGUGGAAAGACAUUUAGUGUGAGGUCCCGUCUUGCUGUACAUCAAAGAAUCCACACUGGGGAGAAACCUUAUGAAUGCAAACAGUGUGGAAAGACAUUCAGGGAGAGCUACAGUCUUGCUGUACAUCAGAGAAUCCACACUGGGGAGAAACCUUAUGAAUGCAAGCAGUGUGGAAAGACAUUCAGUCAGAGCUCCCAUCUUGUUCAGCAUCAGAGAAUCCAUACUGGGGAGAAACCUUAUGAAUGCAAGCAAUGUGGAAAGACAUUCAGUGUGAGGUCCCAUCUUGCUGGUCAUCAGAGAGUCCACACUGGGGAGAAACCUUAUGAAUGCAAGCAAUGUGGAAAGACAUUCAGUGUGAGCUCCAGUCUUGCUGUACAUCAGAGAAUCCACACUGGGGAGAAACCUUAUGAAUGUAAGCAGUGUGGAAAGACAUUCAGUGUGAGCUCCAGUCUUACUUGUCAUCAGAGAAUCCACACUGAAGACAAACCUUAUGAAUGCAGUCCCUGUGAACAGACAUUCAGUGUGAGCUCCAAUCUUAGUAAACAUCAGAGAAUCCACAGUGGGGAUAAACCUUAUGAAUGUAAGCAGUGUGGAAAGACAUUCAGUGUGAGCUCCAGUCUUACUAAACAUCUGAGAAUCCACACUGGGGAGAAACCUUAUGAAUGUAAGCAGUGUGGAAAGACAUUCAGUGUGAGCUCCAAUCUUGCUGUGCAUCAGAGAAUCCACACUGGGGAGAAACCUUAUGAAUGCAGGCUCUGUGGAAAGACAUUCAGUGUGAGCUCCAGUCUUUCUGUACAUCAGAGAAUCCACACUGGGGAGAAACCUUAUGAAUGCAAGCAGUGUGGAAAGACAUUCAGUGUGAGCUCCAGCCUUGCUUGUCAUCGGAGAAUCCACACUGGGAAGAAAUCUUAUGAAUGCAAGCAGUGUGGAAAGACAUUCAUUGACAACUCCCAUCUUGUUUAUCAUCAGAGUAUCCACACUGAGGAUAAACCUUAUGAAUGCAGUCAGUGUGAACAGACAUUCAGGGAGAGCUCCCAUCUUGUUCAUCAUCAGAAAAUCCACACUGGGGAAAAACCUUAUGAAUGUAAGCAGUGUGGAAAAACAUUCAGUAUGAGCUCCAGGCUUACUAAACAUCGGAGAAUCCACACUGGGGAGAAACCUUAUGAAUGCAAGCAGUGUGGGAAGACAUUCAGAGAGACUUCCCAUCUUGUUUAUCAUCAGAGAAUCCACACUGGGGAGAAACCUUAUGAAUGUAAGCUGUGUGGAAAGACAUUCGGGGAGACUUCCAGUCUUACUAAACAUCAGAGAAUCCACACUGGGGAGAAACCUUAUGAAUGCAAGCAGUGUGGAAAGACAUUCAGUGUGAGCUCCAGUCUUUCUGUACAUCAGAGAAUCCACACUGGGGAGAAACCUUAUGAAUGCAAGCUAUGUGGAAAGACAUUCAGUGUGAGGUCCCGUCUUGCUGGUCAUCAGAGAGUCCACACUGGGGAGAAACCUUAUGAAUGCAAGCAGUGUGGAAAGACAUUCAGUGUGAGCUCCAGCCUUGCUAUACAUCAGAGAAUCCACACUGGGGAGAAACCUUAUGAAUGCAAGCAAUGUGGAAAGACAUUUAGUGUGAGCUCCAGGCUUACUAAACAUCAGAGAAUCCACACUGGGGAGAAACCUUAUGAAUGCAAGCAGUGCGGGAAGACAUUCAGGGAGACUUCUCAUCUUGUUUAUCACCAGAGAAUCCACACUGGGGAGAAACCUUAUGAAUGCAAGCAAUGUGGAAAGACAUUCAUUGUGAGCUACCGUCUUGCUGAUCAUCAGAGAAUCCACACUGGGGAGAAACCUUAUGAAUGCAAGCAGUGUGGAAAGACAUUCAGUGUGAGCUCCAGUCUUACUAAACAUCAGCGAAUCCACACUGGGGAGAAACCUUAUGAAUGCAAGCAAUGUGGGAAGACAUUCAGGGAGAGCUCCAGUCUUUCUGUACAUCAGAGAAUCCACACUGGGGAGAAACCUUAUGAGUGCAAGCAGUGUGGGAAGACAUUCAGUCGGAGCUAUCGUCUUACUAUACAUCAGAGAAUCCAUGCUGUAAAAAAACUGAAGUCAAUCUGUGUGGAAAAACAAUCACAAUGAGUUCCAGAUUUGCUCAUAAGCAGAGAAUCCUCACUGAUGUGGCGAAAAUUCAUCACAGUAAUGCAAAACCUCCAAGCUAAUUAGGGUCAUUGAGAGGAGGCCAAACUCCCAUUAAUGAUGGGAUGAUCUUACAACAGAGUGUUUGGAACUUUGUGUUUUCAGACUUUAGGUCAAAAAGCUUGUCAGAAAGAUCUGAUACCAUCCUUAAACUAUUUCCUUAGCUAACGUUUACAAUUCAUAAGAAAUAAACUAUAUUAUCUAUCUUGUCAUAAAAGCUAAUAUUGUAUUCAUAACGAGAGGUUAGGAGAUUUCACACUCAUACUGGUAAGAAUAUUUAUGGUAAGAAGUAGUCAAUGUGGAAAGACAUUUGGUCAGAGCUCUAGUCUUGCUCUUAUAUAAUUUAAAUUUUCCUCCCCAGAACUCUCUAAGCUUCCCAUGUUUCUUCUCACAUUGUGUGUUAACAUAGGGAGGAUACAUUUUUGUGUAGCUCUGCCCUCUUGCUCUUUUUUGGGGAAUGUGGUUUGUGGAGGUGAGGUGAGUGCAAGACAGGAGAAUUUCACUCAUGUGGCUUUUACUCAGUCUUUUACUUGUGUUCUUUUAUUUAUUCAUCUUUAAGAGAUUAUUAAUAAACUUUAUAAAAUAUAAUGCUUGGAACUAUUGGAUAUUAAUUUAAAUCUAACACUAUACAUCAGAGGAUCCACACAAAUGAGAAACCUAAUAAAUGCAAGCAAUGUCAAAAGACAUUCAGACAGAACUCUCAUCUUGCUUAACAUCAGAGAAUCCAUGCUGGUGAGGAACUAUGUAUAUAAUCAAUGUUAAAAUACAUUCAUAGUCCACUCCAGUCUUGUUGUACAUCAAAGAAUCAACACUGGGGAAAACCUUAUGAAUACAAGCAAUGUGGAAAGCCAUUCCCAUGAAGCUCCAGUCUUGCUCUCCAUCAGAAAAACCAUAGACUUUCACAUAGAGCUCUCACCUUGCUCAUCAGAAUUUUCAUUUUAGUAUGACAUAACAUGAACUAAGAUUAGGUCCAAAUGUCUACAUGACUUGGACCUAAAGUGUGAUUUCAUAAGCAAAUUAAAAUGGGAGCAUAGAAUAGUUUUAAAUUUCAGAUCAAUUUAUUGAUAAAGGAAGAACUUAUGAGCAAAUAAGAAAUAGAUAACAUUAUGAGAUAUAUUAGAUUAUUUUUAUCAUAUUAAAUUCAAUAUUCAAAGAUUAUACAAAUAAAAUCCGUGCAAAUGAGGUUAAAAAGUGUAACAAGUUAUCACUUAUUUUAAAACAAUAUGUCCAGUUACUUCAUUUUCUAAACAUUCUAUCCACACUAAAAUACCUGAAUUUGUCAUUUCAUGGCAUCUACAUCUAAAGAGGAGUUAAUUUAGUAAAGGAGUUGUGGUAUAGAAAUCAUUUUUAAUUAGCAUCAUUUCAUAGACAGUGUUUUCCCCAAAAUCCCCUAAAGGAAAAAUUUAAAGGUAAGAAAUGAUAUUAUGGAUUUAAAAUAUGAAAUAAAAUGCUUGACAGCCAAA